GCAUGUGCUUGCGGAAGUAGAGCAGCAGAAAUACAGUAUAGGCAGUUUUUCUUAGUUGAGUUUUCAGGUUUUUAAGUCCCAGGCAGCUCUCCGAGGUGUUCAUGGCUGCUCUGAAAUACGCAGGAAUGGAUGAUACUGACAGCGAGGAUGAACUUCCUCCUGGAUGGGAAGAAAGAUCUACAAAGGACGGCUGGGUUUAUUAUGCCAAUCAUGAGGAGAUGAAGACCCAGUGGGAGCAUCCUAAAACUGGAAAGAAGAAACGCUGUGCAGGAGAGCUGCCUUAUGGGUGGGAGCAGGAGACCGACGAGAAGGGCCAGAUUUAUUAUGUUGACCACAUCAAUAAGAGGAAGACGUACUUUGACCCUCGGCAGGCCUUCACCGUAGAGGAUGUGCAGGUGAAGCCUAAGCGCUAUGAUGGCAAUACUUCAGCGCUGGAGAUCCUACAGGGUCACGAUCUUUCUGACAAGGUCGUAAUCAUCACAGGGGGCAAUUCUGGUAUCGGUUUUGAGACAGCGAGGUCGUUCGCCCUUCAUGGUGCCCAUGUGAUCUUAGCGUGCCGGAACAACGCUCGCAGCAGUAAUGCAGUUAGUCGCAUCCUACAGGAGUGGAACAAAGCUCGUGUUGAAGCCAUGACACUGGACUUGGCGUCGUUACGGAGUGUCCGUGAGUUUGCAGAGGCCUUCAAAGCAAAGAAACUGUCCCUGCACAUCCUGGUGUGUAAUGCGGCGGUGUGUACGCAGCCCUGGCGUUUGACGGAGGACGGUUUGGAAUCAACCUUCCAGAUCUGCCAUCUGGGCCACUUCUACUUGGUGCAGCUGCUGCAGAACGUGCUGCGGCGUUCAGCUCCUGCCCGUGUGGUAGUGCUGUCCUCCGAAUCUCACAGGUUCACGGAUCUGGUGGACACCUGUGGGAAGAUGGAUAUGACCCUGCUCUCCCCACCUCAGAAGGAGUACUGGUCCAUGCUGGCCUACAACAGGGCAAAACUCUGCAACAUCCUUUUCUCCAAUGAGCUUCACCGUCGGCUUUCUCCUCAUGGGGUCACUUCUAACGCUGUGCACCCUGGGAACAUGAUGUAUACCUCCAUCCACCGCAGCUGGUGGCUCAUGACUUUCCUUUUCAACCUGGCACGCCCCUUCACCAAGUCUAUGCAACAGGGGGCAGCCACUACGGUGUACUGUGCAGUGGCUCCAGAACUCGAAGGCCUGGGUGGGAUGUACUUUAACAACUGUUUCCGCUGUGUACCGUCAACGCAGUCCCAGGACCAGUCCAGUGCCCUCAGCCUGUGGGAGCUCAGUGAGAGGCUGGUGCAGGAGCGAUCCGGCAGCCCUCAGACUCUGUGACCCCAUGGCCUCCACCACGCUAUAUAAUCCCUCAGCCCAACAUGGCUCACCUGCUUAACCAUCACCACAACUGAUUGCUUCAUUACCAUGCAUGAGGAAGGCUAAGAUAACAAAGAAAAUGUAAAAAAAAAAAUUACAUUUAAAAAAAGGAAUUGACAGGCAGUGCCAGAGAGGGCGACAAUUCAGUCUGCUUUACUGACAGAUAUAAGCAGAGAAGAGAAAGUGAUUUGUACUGUUUCUCUUUUGUCAGUCCCAAGCCACAUGGGGUUCUCAUCUUUCUUCUGCAAGGUGAUUAGAGCUACCUCUAGAACACUGUACACUGUUCUCUAAUCGACAACUAACACCAGGUUUUCUAGCUAAGGGGGUUGGUGGAAAAGGAAGGUAAAUAAUGGAGAUCCUCGUAGCGCACUCAACAAAAAAGUUUAUCUAAAAUAUCAGGACAUAAAAUUGUCGUUAUUGCCCAUCCAUCUGUACAAAUCAACUUGAAUGAGUAGAUGCUGUAAUAAAGGUGCAGAGAUGUCGAGGGAAGCAUAUGUAUGCUGUCUAUUUACAAAUACAACCACUGAAAAGAACAGGUCUGUAUAGAUAUGCUGUACAUAAUAUACAUCGAGUGCUGUUCUUAUUCACGCAUGUUUCUAAAUAUUCUUCGAAUUUGUGACUCCGUCUGCCCAAAAGACUCCCGAUCCAGUCUACAGUGAACGUUUACAAAAUUCGACGUUAAUGCUAAUUACAAUGAAGCAGCAUCUUCGAGCACAACAGGAGGGCCAGUGCUGGCUGAAGGGAAGAGUCUUGUAGUCAUAAGAAAAUUUCAGGUGGAACUUUCCUCUUGAACUCCUUAUUGUAUGUUCUUGUCCUUUUAGCUUUGUGAAUGUUUGGAAAGCAUUUUUCCCUGUAAAAGGUGGUCUUCGUUUGCUGACAACCAACUUUAGAAGAAAAGAAAAAAUUCAGCAGAAGAAGAGAAGGUGGCAAAGACUGAAGAAUGGCACCAGAUCUUUUUUUUUUUCCUCGCUUCUUUCCUCCUUUUCUUCCUCUUCUUUUCCUUUCUUUUUGCAGGUUGACUGUUGUGCUUUGGGGCAGUCUUGGUGCCAUGGGUCAGUCUGAGCUAGAAGCAUUCCAGUGUUGUGGGAACUGUAAAGAGAAAAACAAAUAAAGAUUAAUUACAGUUUGAUUCUGA